ACCCUCAUUUCUAUUUUUUCAAAACCCCAAAACCAAAAUCACUCGCCCAAAACCAGAGCAAGAGAGAGUGAGUGAGUGAGAGAGUAACCAUGUCGGGUUUCCCAUUCGGAUCCUCCGUUUCCACCACCUCCUCACAAUCCACACCUUCACCCUUCUCCUUCUCCUCCGCCGCCACCGCCUCCGCCUUCUCGUUCGGAUCCUCCGCCUCCCCAUUCGGAUCCUCCACCUCCCCAUUCGGAUCCUCCCCUUCCCCCUUCUCCUUCGCCUCCUCCUCCUCCACCACCACAACCACCGCCGCAAACCCUAUCUCCUCCGCCCCACCCGCCUCUCUCGGAUUCGGAUCCUCCACCCCUUCCUUCUCUUUCCCCUUCAAUUCCGCCUCCACUCCCCCCGCCGCCACCACCACCUCAUCCUCAUUCCUAACCGCCUCAACUGCCACAACCACCACUUCACCUCUCUUCGGAACGACGCCGUCCGCAACCACAACUCCUUCCGCCGCUUCACCUCUCUUCGGAUCUUCAACCACCGCCGCCACCACCACUUCCCCCCUGUUUUUAUCAACUCCAUCUCUAUCCCCGUUCGCCACAUCGCUAUCCACAACGAGUUCAACCUCAUCCCCAUUCCUCUCCGCCUCUUCAAAUCUCUUCGCCGGUUCUGGUUCUUCUUCUUCAGCUUCAACAACCGCUCCUUCGUUCUCGUUCGCUCCAAACUCAACCGCAUCUUCCUCCGGACUCUCAUUCUCAAACGCUUCAGCUUUUUCAAAACCAACUCCAUCUCCAUCAACAGCAACAACAACAACGCCUUUCUCAUUCCUAACACCUUCCUCCGCCGCCUCGGUUUCCACCACAUCCGCAGCAAAACCUAGCUCCUCCGCAGCGCCAUUGUUUUCAACGAUCACGACCACGACCACGACCGCUUCGACUCCGGCUGCUUCUACUACUACUACUACAACUACAACAUCACAGCCUUCGUUUUCUGUGCCUUCGUUUGGUUUUACUCCAUCUUCGGCUUCAACAGCUCCUUCAAUAUCUGUACCGGCCAGCUCGGCGGCUGCUUCUUCUUCGAGCUCUACUGCGAGUUCUUUUACAGGUUUUGGUGUUACCAGUGCCGCGAGCACGACUCCUUCGUUGGGGACUACUGGUUUUAACUUCAGCAAGCUGUCGACGCCUGCUUCGCCCUCGCAAGCUCAAUCCACCACUACUGCACCUGUUUUCAGAUGCCCUUUUUUUUCGGGUGAAAGUUGUGUUGCAUGUUCUGCUAAGCUAUUCAAGAAUUGUGUGGGUGAUAGAGGGGAUGGGGUUGAGGGUAAGCAGCUGGGAGAUGGGAUGGUGAAGAAGCCAAUGCUUCCAAAUGCUGUUACUGUAGAGGAAGCCAAGGAAGAGGUGGCCUCAAGAGUGGAGAAGGAUCAUGAUGAGAUAAUGGAGGUUGUGGAGAUGAAAAUGGCAGCAUUAGCUAUGGAUUCUGUUCCAGGCAAUGUGGUUUCCUUUCCAACAAUUGCAUCUUCUGCCAUUUCAUCAAUGUCACAGAUUGCGAAGGCUACUGUGGUCACCCCAGAAAUUUUAAAAGCAGAAUUGUCUGUUAUAGGCAGUGAAGGGGUGAUGUUGCUGGGUAAGGAGGUUAAAGGAGGCCAUAAGGAUUGUCCUGUGAAGAUGGAGGCUAAGAAUGAUUUGGAUACUUCAGCUUCUAAGGCUUUCAAGGUAGAUGAAGCAAGUGAUAGUGGACUUGGGAUGCAGACUUCUCCUUUAUCAUCUCUAUGUGUAGAAAUGGAUAGCCAUGUCUGCUCUUCUCAUAAAAGCCCAAUCAUCAAAAGUAUUUUGUACAAAUAUGGUGACAAACCUUCCCCUUUAUCAUCUCUAUGUGUAGAAGUGGAUAAGCAUGUCCUCUCUCCUCAUAACGGCCCAAUCAUCAAAAGUAUUUUGUACAAAUAUGGUGACAUAACCAUGGGGAGCACAUUCAGGAGUAUGGAUGCCAAGUUGGCUUUUCUUGAAUUGAUGGCUGAUGCUGUGUAUCGACUUUCCAACCUUACCUUGGACACAGUUAAUUCACAUGAAAUUCAACUCAUAGAGGCAAAGGUAGCUGAUGUGCUUGCUGCUGGGUUCAACGUGAAAUGGUUAAAGCAAAGGGUGGAUGAAGUUAUUGCCUCUGCUAAAUACCAGGAAUAUUGUAUGGAGUUGGAUGAGUUGGACAAACAAAUAGAGGCUACAAAGAAAUCUUUGGUGGAUAUGGAGCAGCAACGUGUGGUUUUGGCAAGGGAGGUUAUUGCCAUCAAAGCUCAAAAUGAACGAAAUGGCAUUUUGGGGCAUACCCUUGCUGAAGGGCUACUGUGAUAUUUGUAUGGAUAAUAGAAUUGUAAAUUGUACUUGGUUGUUUCUAGUCAGGGGGGAGUGAUGGUUUUGUGGAAUAUAAAAAUGGAUAUUCUACACAUUUUCCUCUUGGUCUCUAUUAUUUUUUUUCUUUAUUUUCAUUGUGGUGUUUAUUUGUUAAUAUUAUAAUGAAUAGUUUACAUAAAAAAUGCCUAUGAGCUCUCACUCAACUGGCACCUCCUCCCUUAUAAGUACUAGGUAGAGGGUGAGGUCGUGAGUUCAAGACGCAUUGGGUGCAUUUGCAAUUUCCUAAUAAAUAAAAAAAGUUCCUGUAAGGAAUUGAGGGAGAAGGUAAUUCAUUAUAGAGAGUAGAAAUCUUUAAUAAAAUUAUGAGAUUUAAGGUCCUGACAAUGAAAAGAGGCAUGUCAUGAAUUAAUUUAGUUAGCCUUCAAUUCUUUGUGAUAUGCACAAUCUAAUUUAGAUAUGGUCACUGCCAAAGAGCUUUCCCCAUGGUUGAAGAUCCUUCCACUUGAGUGUAGACAUGGGGUGAACAUUAAAAUCUGAUGUGUAGGUUUGCUUUGAGCACCUAUUCUUUUGGUUUGAUGACCCUUUUUGUUGCUUCCUCAUUGGAUGAUCUGUAAACCAGUAUGAUGUUGGGGUUGACAUUUCCAGCCUAUUUAGUCCUAGAGCCAGCUGCUUUGACCUUGUGAAACCGUUAGGGCUCUGAUUGAAUUCACUGCCCUGGCAAUUAGAGGUGAGGGACCUGAACUUUUAUCUCCAAAAGGACCAAAACUUCCUUUGUGGAUUUCUUUUUUGAGGUUUUUUAAGCCAAGGGGAAAAGGGAUAUGAGUAAGUGAUGCCAUACACCCGUGCUCAUGUUAAUCUUAUAAAUUCUGUUGUCAUUUUAUCCCCAUGUAUCUGACAUCAUUGUUUCCUGCACCCUAGGCCUUGCCUUAGGCAGUAAAGGGGUAGAUGGAGUUGGGUUAGGUCUUAGGCUUUAUCUUGCCUAGCAAAGCAUAAAUGGUGGCUCCUCUAUGAUGAUUGUUCUUCACUUCAUCAGUGACAGUCUUACCAAAACUUCUGUAUGGUUUGUCACCUUUCUAUGCAGCUGCAUAUUCCUUUAUGUGUUCUAGGUUCUUAAGCUACUAGUGAUGUCCUCUUUCAGUAAUCACUUAUUUUGAUGUGUAAAUGCUGAGGUGCCUUGAUCAAAUUGCAG